GGUAAGUAGUUAUUUUAUAAGUUUGCCAAUGGUUUCCAGCAGUUUCCAGGUGGUGUAGUAUUGACGUUGGUGGUGGUCGGUGGAUCCUAUAAAACGUAAUUUAAAGUUCAGGAAAUUGUUAUAUCGUUUCAUUUGCAAAAAUGGGAGAAGGACGGUUAGCAAAACCUCAACUCCGUAACCUUCACCUUACACGUAUUAAGAAAAGUUUGGGAAUAAUGGUAGGAAUUGUUACUGCUGUAGGGCUUGGUUAUAAAAUGUUUGUUAAUGAUGUAUACGAGAGGAAAAUGGAAGAGUUUUAUAAGCAUUAUGAUGCAGAGAAAUCAUUAAAAAGAAUGGAUGAGGCUGGACUUAUGCAGUCUACCAGUGGUUAAAUAUUAUACACAUAAAAGAAUUAGUGGUAUUAAGUCAUUUCAUUCACAACAUUAUGUACAUACGUAUUUAAUUAAUAAAUGGUAUAAAAAAUA